GUAACUUUUUAAGUACAUAUUUUUGUAAUAUUCAUAAUAAAAGUGGCGGAAUUGAUUUUCAGCAACUUUUUGAAACUAUCUCCUACAAAUCUACUGUAGAUCAGUCUACAAAGAAAUCAUUGAUAUUACAAUAUAUCUUAUAAAUCAUGUUACCAGUAUAUUACAAACCAAUAUAUUACAAGUGCCAUAGCAAAUUUUACUAAUGCAGCAGUGCUCUAGUUCAGAUCACACUCUUUUUAGUCAUUUGGUACAAAGCAAUUUAUAGGUACUAGUGAUUUAGAAAUCCCAUUCCUAAAAUCAGAUGGACUGUGAAUUCCUAUUCUUCCUGGAAUCAAGCUGAUAGCUGCAGCUGUAGGAAUCUCAUCCUCAGCUUUGGGAUUUGUAUGUCUUUUAAUUUUCUGGUGCUGCAGUGGCCUCUCAUGAAGGCCCUCGAUGGAUAUCAGGAAACAACAUAUUCAAAGUGUUUGAAUUUCCUGGGCAGAGUACUGUAAAUAAACCAAGAAAUAUAAUACUCUCCUACAUAAGAGGAGAAUAUCAAACAUAGCGAGCUGUGGGGGUUUUGUUUGCAGUUUUUUUCUGAUGACAGCGGUCUAGCGGACCGCAGCUGAAACAUUGUUAGUUGGAAAAAUAGGAUGAAACUUAUUAUUCUUGCUGUUUCUCUAAUGGAGAUUUAGUUUCCGACCUCAAGGCUAUGGAAAGACCAGGAGCAUUGCUAUUUUUGCAUCAAAUGAGUGUGUUAUUGAGCACUAUUACUUAAUAUUAAGUAAUCUUUUUUUUUGUCAGUUUCAGCCUGUGAGAGGAUGUUAGAAUGGCUAAGGUUAGCUAGGCUUGAGAAAUGACUAUAAACCUCCUGGGAUCUCAUUCCAUUGCCAGGUUACUGAACCUUUCCUCCUGGAAUGCCCUUGUGACAGGCAUGGCAUUUCUUUACAAUGGAAAUGGCUUUGGAACUUUCCAACCCUUACAAUAACAAUACAUGAAAGGUAAAAGUCCAGCUAUUUAUAGACUUUUGAAAAGGGGCAUGAUUGGGAUUUUCUGGAAUUAGCCAGAGAUCAUUGCCAUUCUUUAAGUUUUUAAUUAAUUCAUUGUAACUGUUUAAAGAAUUGUUUCAAUAUAUUUUGUUUUAAGGUGAGAUGCUGUAUGAUAACGCAUUGUCAAAUCCUUAAACAUUUUUUCAAAGUCGGCUCCUACUAUUUUGGCAGUGGAUUUGAGAGAAGCCUUUUCUUUUUUAAGACACAUUCUUUAUUAGACGAGUAGGCCUGCAGUGCAGUUUCAGACGUGAAAGCAACAUGGGAGUGUGAUCAUGUGGCAAGCAGAGUGAACAUGUAGGGACUUGUGCAAUAUCUGCAAUACUGCCAGUUCCUUCCAGGCUGAAUAAUGUGGGAAUCAUUCCUUCCAUUUUCCAUCAGAGAGAUUGAAUGUGAUAAAUACUGACAAAAUUUAUAAGAACCAAAUUACUGUACUUCAACUGAGGUUAUAAGUGCAAGCACUAAUGAUUCAAGACCUGUCAGAGAUAAAAGUUCUUUGUGGGGGGAAGAAAGGCUUUCUACAUGUAUACAGACAUAUAAAACUAGCAACACUAUUUAUCUUUUUGUUUUUGCUUCUUUUUUCCAUGUUGCACACUUCUAGAACUUGGACAUUAAUUGUUAUUACAGGGCAUUACAACUUGUUUCAAACCUUGUUUAGAUGUUAAUUUAGUCUUUAGUCCAGUGCCAAAGACGAUGGCCUCUAUCUCAGCCUUCAGAGCUUUCUGGUUAUGUUUCUGGCGUAUUGAAUGGCUGCACUGUAAAUAUUGCUGGUAUUUUCUUAAUUAGUGUGCCAGGAUCAGAAGGAGUACCAGGUAUUGUAUAGCUUCAAGGGAUAGUGUUGGUGCUUUGGGAAUUAGCAUACAUCAUGGAAUUAAAUUCCUGAAACCUUCCUAGAUUCUGCAUGUCAUGCCCUGUUUACUGUAAUACAGUAACACUGUUUUGUUACCAAAGUAUUUUGCUGUCUAGUGAAAAAGAGGUUUUGUCCAUUUUUAUUAUUCUCUGCAGCUAAAAACGUGGAGCUACAGUAGGUAUUUUGGCUGCUUGUUUUUAGUCCAAAAAACUUCCUCACAUUGAUUUGUGGCAACAGGUACUAACAGUGACUAACACUAUAGGAGAGCAGCUACAGUGACUAACAACGUAGGAGACCAGUGCUGUGCUCUUAUCUUGGUGCUGUUGCAGUACUGGUUUAGUCUUAUGAUUUAUUAAGCAAAGUUCUGGCGUGCACAAUAUUGGGGGAAACUGCGAAAGCAAGAUUAGUAAAAUUGAAAGUAAUGCAUUAAAAAGACUAAUGUCUUGUGCCAAUAUUAGAAGUCCAUAGGCAACUGAAGCUCAGUUGAUACACAAACAUAUAUGUGAAUAAUUCUUCCCUGUUUUUAUGUACCAUAUAAUUAUUUUAAUCUAGAUCUUAAAUAUGGGUUUGAGUUUUAAAAUUAAGAACCCAUAUAGAAAUGGUAUAUUUAAGCUGCAGGACCCAUACAGUGUGAGAAUAUAUGCGCAAGAGAUUAUACUGUUCUAACUUAAUUUACUUCUUAAAUCUCUUCUUUACAGAUACAUGUCUUCUUUUAUUGAGGGAAGCUUUAAGAUGAGUUCAAUAGCCUGUGGUUUUAAAGAGUUCUCACUGGCCUGCCUAGAUAACCUUUCCAUGUUUGUUUGAAGUGAGCAGCUCGGGAAUUCCCAAGGUCGCAGUCAAACACUAUGGUAACUGGUGCAUGAAACUGCUAGCAGAAGGUUACCAGAAAAGACAGUGUAAUUGGGAGCUCCAUGGAAACAUGCUGUAAUUUACAAAUCAUUUAUUUGUUCUACAGACUGUACCCAUUUACCUGAGUAAGUGAAAUGCGAGGUUUCUGCAUCGUAUUCCAGGCUUUGCUGUUAAACAUCUCCGAAAGUUUAUCUUUAAAAAUAAUUUAGUAACAUUCUAAAAAUGCUAAUAGCAAGCUAAAUAUUGAAACUGGAAAUAGAGAAACGAGGUGUGUAAUCCUUAAGGUUUAAAUGCUAUACGUAAGAAAAAUAUGACAGAAACAGCUCACCGUUUGACAGACAGUGAAGAGGGUUUCAGUUUUAUGAGGUUACUUAUACUUUUUGAUUUAACUAUAUUGCCAGUAAUUUUAUGUCUUCAACACGGUGCAGAAAAAAAUGCAAAGCCAAUUCAUUGCAGACACGAUUUUCUGAAUUAUUUAAUUGCCUUCACAAUCUCGGUAUAAAGUUUCCCUUGUAAUUAUGUGGUGUCAUUUAGCUGUUAAUGAAUCAUAUUUAAGUUGACAUAAAGCUGGAUUGAAAAUGCUCAUAUCCAAAUCUUUCUUUACAAGUAUUAAUUUAAGUUUACUAGAGAAUAGCUUUCUGAUAUAUUAAUAAUCCAUGACUUAUGCAGUUUUUAUAUCGUUGGGGAGUCCCGGUGCUUGUUUGAAAAGAAAAUAAUACAGUACAAUAGCAAGUGUGUGCUUUUUAGUAAAUCAUGCCUUCCAGGGACACCGAGCAAUUCAGCCGUGGAAUAGUAAUAAACUCCCUGAAAAGUCACAGCCUUCUGUAGAUCAGUCAGGUUUGACACGAAAACGGAUGAGGAUGCAAUCCGACAAGCAGAGCUGAGACAAGAGCCUUAGCAAUGAAUGGAAACGUCCCUCCAGGUUUCAUUCUUUAUAUUGUUGUUUCACACCCUUUAAGUGGUUUUUCAAAAAUCAGAGGAGGGGUGCGACUUAUAGGAAACUUUUGCCUUCAUAUUUCAAUUGAAGGCGGUGUAUCGUGAAUAGCUGUUAAAUGGUAAUUGGGCUGAGUUAGUUGAAAAAAAUUGGAUUUUUAUGUAUAUGAAUCAUACAUACUUCACAGUGAAUCAUAAUUUAAUUGAUCGAAUACAUUUUCAUAUAAUUAUUUAAAUGUAUGCACAUUAUGGACAUAUUGAUGCUAUGCAAAUUAAAGUCUAAUUUCCUAUAUAAAAUCCAAGGUUGGAUCACUGUUUCUGAUCAUAGCCUAACACGUAAUGGGGAUAACGAAUUGUAAAUGUACAACUACUGCACAAUCCAGGUUUAGUGAGGCUAAAGGCUCAUUUAAAUGUAAAUUGAAUAGCUUUGGUAAUGAAAGCAUACAAAUGUCUUUCAUGUUGAAUAACACUACAGAGACUUGCUGAUGAUAAGUACAGGCAAUGACAAUGGCUUCUUUUGUGUUCAGAUCUUUAAGGCUUUUUUUCCCUCUGACAUCAAGGGAGCGCACAACCUUUUUCAGAAACUUGAUGUGCUGCAAGUACGUUUAAAAUUUGUUAAUUAAAAGUAAAAGCAUGGAAAUUUUUGGAAAUAUAUCAUUAUAGGCUAAGCUUCAAAUCAGAUAAGAGACUAUUGGUAGUCUUCCAUUUGUUGACUGAUUUGUAAUUUAUAGUUUUUAAUUGGAACAAAAUACUGGUAAAAGUUUUAAUGCGGUUAUUACAAAUGACAAUUACUUCAGCAAAUAGCCUAAAUCUAUGCUGUUUCCUUCUAGCAGAGAUAGAUAAGUAGAAAUUAACCUCAUUAUUUUACUAUUCUUUCAUGCACCUUGCACCAACGUCUGGGGCGCAUGAACAUAAGUGACAGUUGUCUAUCUCUACAGAAGGUUUGCCUACAAAAUGUGAAUAUAAGGUGUUUUCUGUAUACAGUGCUAAAAUAGUAUAUGAAAGAUGAAUGAAUGAUGAUGAAAGAUGGAAACAAGCCUUUAAUACUUUACAGAUAGGACUUGGGUAAAAAGUGUUACAUGUCAUUUUAUUUCAUGCAUCGUUCUUCAUCACUUAAUUGUUUAAUUGUAAAAAUUUUUCAUAUUUAUUCUUAUCUAUCUGUUAUCAGAAUGAUGCUUAUUCCUGGUAAUGAAAACCCAUGUGCACAUGAGAGCAUGCAAACUCCACGUAGAAGUUGCUCAAGUCCUAAUUAUAUCUCCAGUCCUAAUCUUCACACCACCAUUCCGCCUUCUUAUGAAAUAUGUAUAUUGUUACUUUUAUUUCUACAUCAAGCUUUUUUUAUUUAAAAAAAAAUAUCCAGAAUAUUGAACUCUUCCAGCCUUGCCCCAUGUGCUUUCAACAACGCUGAAAAUCUUUCCACCGGAGAAUAGAAUUGGAUGUGUAAUCUUCAAGAAGUAGGAGGAGAGGAGAUGAUAAUUACUGUGCUUCACACUUCGGAGCGUGAUUGCUCUCAGACGGGCUGCAAAGGCAGAGGCCACGAUCAGCGUGACCGAAUUCACUGCGGUACACUAACAAUCACUGCUAUAAUUACGCCAAAAUAUGACAUGCAUUAUGUCUUUAUGAUGCUCCUCCAGUGUGAAUGUGACUUCAUGAUCCCUCAAUAACCACCCCAGCCUUCUGUACCACCCAGUAAUCACAGAGUGCACUUUUCUGCCCGUGUCUUUUCUUGUUUGUAAUUUCAGUUUACUGUGAUUACAGUUAUUCAACAAGUUGUACAGAGUGAUUUCUGUUUCCAGUUUUUUGUAGUGUUCUUCUGUUUCCCCCUCCCCCACAGUAGUCCCAGUUGUGAACAGAGAUGGCUUAUAGACAGAUCUGAAAUUAGCAGCCGUUGGACAUGGCUUCAAGCCAGAAUAUCCGAACUGGAAUAUAAAAUCCAGCAACUUGGUGACCUCCACCGGCAAAUACUCUCUUCAAAGGGGAAAGUAAUCCUGGCGGACUCGCAGCCCUUAACAGACAGGCUGAUUCAGCAGAUGCUAUUGACAGAAACCGCAGAUCUGUUGAGCACAGCCAGAGACAAUAAAGCCCCUGCAGAGGUAAAGGAUUUGUCUUCAGAACUAGAUUUUGAAAUGGAACCGAGCAGCCCGACUCAUCUUCUGAGAAAUAUAGAGAGACAGAGCGCCCAGCUAACAGAAAUAGUCAACAGUCUGAUGCCUCCUUUAAAUUUCUCUCCCACUUCAUCUCCGGUCUCCAAAGCAAGCAGAUGGAAAGGUCAGACAAAGUGGGGCUCUCACAGUGAAACUGGAAAUGGAGAACUGUUCCUUCAGAACAGCACUUGUGUCGCUCCUGAGCAUACUGCGAAGAAGAGAAGGGUCUGCAAAAGAAAACAGAAACUCCCACACAUGAGCAACACAUGGGUAUCUGCGAGAACUCGCCCCCUCCAGACUUACCACAGGCGCAGACUCUUUGUGUUAGAUACGCCUUGGCAUUCCAGCCAAGAGGGACAGAUGCCUACAACUGCUGCAUGUCAGUGCUACAGUUCCUGUGAUCACCCAGCAGUGUGCUCCAAGUCGGCAUGCGUCAGGGAGUCCGUGAUAACUAGAAUGACAAAGACAGAACAAAUGGGGCUGCUGGAGUCGUCCUUCCAUCCUGUACUGUCACUGUCCUCAGAUAUUCCCAUUCCGCUCCAUUUUCAGGCAGUAUUGCAUCAUGAAGACUGGGUGAACCGCCCAGUUGCUGUGAAUCCAGUUGAGAAAGAGGACAUUAGUUCUCCAGAUUUCACCAGCUGUGAAAACACAUAUCCUGAUUUCUUUCCAUUACUCGAUUGUGACCAUAUUGAGAAUCACCAUUCAGAACUUCAGAAGGAAGAAUACUGGGAUUUAUCACCAGCCCAUACAACAAGAGCAGGUCAGGAAAUGUCAAAACACACAGGCAGAGGAGGCAAGAAAAGGAGACAUACCAGUCAGACAGGAGAAGAUGAAAAACUUUUCCUGUCCCAACUAUUGGAUACCUCAUGUUACUUUACGCCCACUCCUGAAGAAAGUCCUUCAGAUCUCGCAACAUCCUCACAGGGUCACAGACAUUCUGGACAGAACUCUGCCAGGAGGCGUCUGCGAACUGAGUGUUUCUACGACAUCGACAACAUCGUUAUUCCAAUGUCAUUGGCUGCAACCACUAAAGUAGAGAAACUUCAAUAUAAGGAUAUUCUUACUCCAAGCUGGCGAGUUGUUGACACUCAGUGCUGGGAGAAAAAACAAGGGGAAAUGGAAGAGAUAGAAGAGUUUUCCGAUGAGGCCAUUUCCUCCAGGCAUAUGAAAUAUGAGGAGAAGGAGAAGGCCAGGUGGUCUUCCUGGGAGCAUAACAGGUGGCAAAGGAGAAACACCAGAUUGUCCAGCAGAAAUGCUGACUUAUCUCUGAGUGGUGAUCAGGCAUUAUGGGCUGGCAGGGCCCAGAGUGAGAUGUCCAAACAGGCAGGAAGAGCCUGUUACAGUACAGCAGCAGCAACUGCGGGCAUUGAGGACAGCCAGCAGGAGCACACACUCAUACUUCCAUGGGAAAGAAGAGUAUUUCCUCUACAGGAACACGAUGCUGAGGCAUUAAAACCUGAAAGAGAUGUGGAUCCUCUUGAGAAUCUUCUGCAUUGUCAAAGGCCAGAGUCCUGCAAUUCAGACAGCAAGGCAUCUGGUUCCACUCCAGCCUCUGGUGGAAUUGGAACUAUCACACCCUCUGCUGGACACCCUGGGAACAGCCCUAAGGAGGAACAGAGUGCUUGCUCAUUAAAUAGCUGAUGGAUUUAGUGCUUGGAUUGAUACUUGCAAUCUCUUAGCCGAACAUAUAUAGGUUACAGGGUCCUCGAAGUCCUUGGGACUGUGGAAGAGAUGUCAUCCCAGUUGGCAACUCCUGAACUAAACUGGAACCAGAGGCUACCAGAGGCACUGUGGUCAUACUCCAUGUUCAUUUUCAUUUUCAAUGUUUUCUGUUUUCUUAGAUCAGCUGCAGAGCUUACUUGUUAUGAGAACAUUGUGAAGAAACUUUUAUAGUAAAUGGUCUUUUAUAUUGCAACAUCUUUUGUUUUUAACAGGACUGUUAAAAUUCUGUAUUAAAAAAAACAUUGUCAUCUGUUGUGAAAGACCAUUCUUUUAAGGAGACAUCUUAGUUAAGAUGUUCUACAUUUCAUGGAGUGGACAGGAUAGCUGAAAAAAGUAUGACAAUGUCUUAAGUCUAGCAGACCAAAAAGUUUAUACUGUAAUUGGAUUACUUAUAGAAAGAACUACAUCCUGGUAAAGGAUUUAUGUAUUUUAGAUCAUAUUAAUGUUAUUAUCGGAGAACCAGUCUGUAAUGAGACAGAAAAGAUUUCCAGACUUUAUUUUUUUUAAUAAUAUAUUCUCAUUCAUCACAUUGAUACACUGUCAAAUGGAGCUGCUGUUUUAUUUUCACAAAAUAAAUACUGUAAGUUGUUUAUAAAGUUUUGUAUUUGUAAAGGUUGUAUUCUGAGAUAUGUUAUAGUGCUGUGAUGAAUAGAAGAUUUAAUUAAGAAUAAAUUCUUAAAUCUCUCAGUUUUAAUGUUGGAAAAUAAAUUGGUGUAUUACCUCCAUUAUGUU